UCUCGAUCAGAUUGAGUUAGCUAGUGAGUUGUGCUCCCUCCAACCAUGGCUGCCCAUGUGGACCCGCUGGUGGUAGGGAGGGUGAUCGGUGACGUGGUGGACCUGUUCGUGCCGACGGUGGCCAUGUCGGUGCGCUUCGGCACCAAGGACCUCACCAACGGCUGCGAGAUCAAGCCUUCCAUCGCCGCCGACGCGCCCGCCGUCCAGAUCGCCGGCAGGGCCAACGACCUCUUCACCCUGAUCAUGACUGACCCAGAUGCUCCGAGCCCCAGCGAGCCAAGCAUGAGGGAGUGGCUCCACUGGCUGGUGGUUAACAUACCAGGUGGAACAGACCCUUCUCAAGGUGAGCUGGUGGUGCCGUACAUGGGCCCGCGGCCGCCGGUGGGCAUCCACCGCUACGUGAUGGUGGCGUUCCAGCAGAAGGCCCGCAUGACGGCGCCGCCGGCGCUGGCGCCGGGGGCGGAGGCGGCGCGCGUGGGCUUCACCACCCGCGCCUUCGCCGACCGCCACGACCUGGGGCUCCCGGUCGCCGCCAUGUACUUCAACGCGCAGAAGGAGCCCGCCAACCGCCGCCGCCACUACUGAGACCGCCUCGCCGGCCGCCCGGACGACCGACGGCGAUGACCCAAUCAAGAAGCAUAUGAGCUAUCGAACCGCCGUCGUCAGCGUCCAUGAAGAUGACAGCUGAAGCUUCAUUCCUACCUGUCGUCUUAUAUAUGUUCCUUCAAUAAUUGAGCUGAACUGCAUCUGCGGUUGUGAUUGAGACAUGUCCCGUUAAUAUAUACCGUACCCUAUCAA